UCCAUGCGUAUCAUUCGUGACAUUCGCCGCGUUGUUGUUUUUGUUGUUUAAUCCAAACCUAAACUCACGGACAAAUAACGUCUCCAUUAUUCCGAACGAACCGUUUCGUCCCCAACUUCGCGGGUCAUGUAGGUACUUUGAUCUGAAAUGGCACAAACAUUGCGCAAGGCGUUUGCGAAAGCUGAACGUAAAGGGUUCACUGUAAUGGUGUGAGAGGUGGCGAGAGGAGGAGUAGCCGGACGGAGUUAAGGAGCGCGUGGAGAGCUCACGAGCUCCACACACUCACGGAAACCCACCGCAGCUACUUCCGCCCACACUAAAGAUGGCGGCUCCCUUCAUGGAGAAAUUAGCCGAAUAUUUAGGUUCACCCGAACCGGCUGUUCGAUUGAUUCUGUCAGUCUUAUUAGGUUAUCCCUUUGCACUGGUGUACCGGUGGUUUUUCUUUCAUCAAUCUGCAACAGUUGUUCAUCUCUUCCACACAUUCUCCGGGCUGGCACUGGCCACGUUUAAUUUUGCAGGGUCUCAGGUCUAUCACUCCUUCUUAUGCAUAGUCAUUCAGUUCUUGUUGCUGAGGCUGAUGGGAAGGACGGUCACAUGCGUUUUGAGUAGCUUUAUCUUUCAGAUGAUAUAUCUUUUGAUGGGUUAUUACUACACAGCUACAGAUGAGUAUGAUAUCAAGUGGACCAUGCCUCACUGCGUCCUCACGCUCAAACUCAUCGGUUUAGCGCUUGAUUACUAUGACGGUGGAAAAGAACAAUCUCAGCUGAGCGCAGACCAGAAGAAGUCUGCCCUUACCUCUACGCCGUCUUUAUUGGAGGUCUUUGGUUUCUCAUACUUCUAUGGAGGCUUUCUGGUAGGACCUCAGUUCACGCUGCGAAACUACCAGCUCCUGGUGUCUCGAGAGAUGUCCGAUGUCCCAGGACAACCACCCAAUAGUGUGGUUCCAGCAAUGAAGCGAUUUGGUUUAGGUCUGAUCACACUAGCCAUCUUUGCAAUAGGUGGGCCGCACUACUCGGAUAGCUACUACUUAACAGAUGAGUUUGAGGCACAUCCAUUCUGGUACAAGUGUGUGUACAUGUUAUUGUGGGUGAAAAUAAACCUGUAUAAGUACAUCAGCUGCUGGGUAAUCACGGAAGGUGUGUGUAUACUCUCCGGGCUGGGCUAUAAUGGGAAGAACGAAAAAGGGGAGCACCAAUGGGACGCCUGUGCAAAUGUGAGGCUGUGGCUGUUUGAGACCACGCCACUCUUCACAGGAACCAUCAAUUCCUUCAAUAUCAACACAAAUGCUUGGGUGGCCAGGCAUGUGUUUAAGCGGCUGAGGUUUUUGGGUAACAAGCUGCUAUCUCAAAUGUUCACAUUGUUAUUCCUGGCGAUCUGGCACGGCUUGCACUCAGGGUACCUCAUCUGCUUCUCUUUGGAGUUCAUCAUUGUCAAUGUGGAGAGACAGGUUCAGUCGCUGGUGCGGGACAGUCCUUUGCUGACAUCUAUUGCUCAGAGUCAUCUGUAUCCAUUCGUAUAUGUAGUACAACAGUUAAUUCACUGGCUCUUCAUGGGAUACCCUCUGGUGCCGUUCUGCCUCUUCACUUACGACAAGUGGCUUAAGGUUUACUCUUCUGUAUAUUUCUGUGGUCACAUCUUUUUCUUCGUUGCCUUUCUCAUCCUGCCAUACCUCCGCAAGGUGUUCGUGCCUCGAAAACGAGGCAGUGAGAAAAAGGAGGAUUAAUUAAAAUGGUUUGACUGAAGUGAACUGUGACUUUUAAAGAGCGCCUGAAGAGGACAAAUUUUAAGGCCUUUAGUAAUAUAUUACUAUUUACAUACAGCACUGAUGUAUGUGUACAAAUGCUAGUCCGUUGGAAAGUUCUUCAUUCUUUUGGUGGACUUUAAUGGAAAAAGGUUAAAAGCUGCGGAAAUGCGAGCAUUUCUGAGGUUCAAUAUUGGUUAAAUAAGAUUUACUGAUGUUUGGUGGCUGACAAUAAUUAUACUGUGUCUGCUCAUACCACUGCACUCAUUUCUCAGUAAUGAUCUCGUUUUCUGUUUCCUGUCUGAUCAGAGACCUGACUUUGGCUGUCACCGAGGUCACGUGCGCACCUUUUUUUUUUUUUUAAGAGGAGACACAGAGCACACAUUUUAAAGACGGAAACAAAUUAGAUGUUUUAUUUUCCUUUGCUAGGAAUAUUUCAACCUCACUUACCCUAAAAAGACAAUGAAAUGUGAAGGAAGCGCGAGAGUGAACAGUGAAUGAACAUCACCUGGCAUUACAAAUGAAUGUUUUUCAUUUUUAUAACUGUUUUUUCUUGUGAAGUUGUCUACUUCUGAUGGGGAUUUUUUUUUUUUUUUUUUUUAAAGAAUGGGUUUUAUGGUAACUACAUUUUGUACAGCUUUUUUGACGCUUUGAUAAAAGGAUCGUCAUUCUGUCAUCUCAUCCUCUCACUCCAUUUAACACUGUCUGUUCAUCCAUCUGACCUUUUUUCAUUCACUCCAUUUUCUCCAGCAAAUCUUUUUGUCUAGUGUAUGAGCACAAACGAAACGGAAACCAGUAACAUCAACAUUACUUACCAGAAUCAUAAAGGUGAUGGCAAAUUUGCGUCUGCGUUAUUAAGAGCAGAGUAUUUAAAUGAAGUAUUUUAGUUGACUGCACACCAAUGGCACUGUUAAAACUGCUGUGUUAAAUCCUUAAAGUGUCUGUGCGUAUUUCUCAUCGCACGUCAGGAUCUGCUCUCUGUAAUUCUUGCGCAUAUUUGCCUUCACAUCUGUUUUGUAUGACAUGACACGUUGAAGAUCCUCGGCACAAAUGUACGUGACUCUUCAGUGAGGGCUAAAACCUGCACCCAGAUACAAUCCAAGGGAGCAGAGGGAGCUCACUGUAGCAUCGAAGUUGUUUUAUAAUAUUUAUACACGUGGUUGCAAAUUUUAUGGAUGUAAAAAUUGUUUUUGGGAAACAACUACUUCUGCCUUACUGCUACCAAAUGUACAAAAAAAAAGUGUGAGUGAGUGAGAGAGAGAGAGAAAAAAACAACUACUUUUAAACGAAACUGUUUUUUGUAAUACUCAUUAAAAAAAAAUGCUGGAUUUUAACGAA